AUGGUACCUUUUGGGGUCAAUUUCGCCCAAUUCGGCUUCGGACUCACUGGCGGGAACAUGCCGCCAUUUGGCUGUUCUGCCAUUGGACACGAACCGGAGGGUCUCGACAAGAAGUUGACCGCCGUCCUCGUCUCACGCUUCCUGCUCCACUUGCAGUCCGCAAGUAUGCGGGCCAUGGACGCCACAUCGUCGUCACGAAUGCAAUCAACGAACGUGAACCACUCCCUGGUUUUCGAGCACGCCAUUGGUUCACUUGGGGCCUCCAUCUCGGUGGAUGACUACCUUGUGCAGGAGGGCAACUUGAGCAUGAGCGAGGAUGACAACGUGGAUGGACACGAGAUAGCUGAACCGAUUGGGCCACCGGGAGAGUAG